UAAUUUUCCAUCAAAAGUAUCAAAAUGAUUAUUGAAUGCCCUGAAAUAGAAACAAGUAUCUUCUGCUUUAUGAAGACACUGAACAAAUUCCCAGAUGCAGAUGCAGAUCAGUAGUUCUCUGUUCUGAAUGAGCUCAAGGCCUACGUUAAGGCAGGGAAUUAUAUCGUAGACAGAAUUCCCUGGUUUAGGUGACUUGCUUGCCGAAUGCCUGUUUAUUAAAUUGCCAAUCUAUCAAAGUCUCCCUGUGAAAAUUGCACUGCUUAUGAAUACCACUGAUGUAAAGAUUCAGUCUUGCGAGACCUUAAGAUCAUGGCCUUAUCAAAGUGAAAUACAUACACGUAAUGUACGGGAUAACAAAAUAGAUGCCUUUGAACUUUAAAACGCUCUUACAAGCCAUACCCAAUAAAAGGACUUGGUAUGAUGGAUAGUUUAAUGUUGGCUGGGUGGAAAUUAUACAUAAAAGAUGCAGCUUUUCUCGUAUUUCAAUGAAUAUGUCUUUUUGUUACCAGAAUACAAAAAUACUUUAAUUCACACCGCAGUACCAUUGGUAACAUAGAACAAUUGUGUUAACGUUAAAAGGAUUUCGACCCAAAAAUGUCUUGCACAUCACGCUGAAUGUGACAAGAUUCAUUCUACGUCGCCCGAUCUGGCUCUCGAUGAUAGUAAUACUUAAUAGAAAUAUUGGAUAUUUACCCUACCUGCUUUAAACUUAUCUAAAAAGAUAUAUGAUAAACAUAGGGAAAUGACGCUAGUUAUCCAGGUCAAAUAAGCCCUGGUUACAGGAUAAAAAAAAACAACUACAAAAGAUUGUCGAAAAGGCAGGAAAUGUAAUUGGAACAGAUCUUACCCAUAUCCAUUCCAUUUAUCUCAAUAGGGUUACAAAUAAAACAGAUUCCAUCAUGACUCAAACUACCCAUCCAGCUCAUGCACUAUUCAAAUCUUUACCCACUAACUCGAGGCUUUUAAUUUUUAAGGGUAGUAAGCGGUUUUUAUCUAGCUUUAAUCAUUCAGCAAUAACUCUUUUUAACACUUGUACGUAAUUUCAUUUCAGUACAAUUUUAAAGUUUUAUUCAACAAUGGCCCUACAUUGGAGACACGACAUUGCCAUAAUGAAAUGCAGAUACACUUAGUACCUGCGAAAAGAAAACUAACGACCCAGAACUUUAUAACGUUCUUACAAUGCACAGUUUGUAAAAUGAGUUGAUAUGAGAUACUUUAAUGCUGACUGAGUGGAAACGUAUAUAAAAGAUGAAGCUUUCUGCAUUUCAAUGAGUAUACGUUUUUGUCUUCUGUAUAAAGGACUGUUUUUACUCAGGCCACUGUUCAAUUCGUUUCAUAAACGAUUGUGUAAACGUUAACAGCUUUUUGAGCUAGAAAUGUCUUGCACAGCCAUACUGAAAAUGCCAAGACUCGUUGAACGUCGCCUGCUUGGGGUCGCAAUGAUGCUACAACCUAACAGAAAUUUGAGGACAUUGAUCCCGACUGGGCAAAACUUAUCAAAGAACAUACAGCUACCCCUAUAUGAUAAACAUAGAGAAAUGACGCCAGUUACCCAGUUCAAGCAAGGCCUGGUGAAGGAACCAUGGCGUUUUAGAAAGCCUAUCGAAUAUCCACAACUGACUGGAUCCGAUCAUUGGAAGCGCAAGAUGCGCACCGUAUUUAGGGCCCUCGACGUAAACGGUGAUGGUUGCAUCACACAAGGAGAUAUGGAGGAGAUGAACAGACGUACCGCAGAGUAUAUGAAUCUUGAUGAUGACAAGACUAAAACUAUGCUGAACCAACGCCGCACCUAUUGGGGAGAUAAAGGUCCCGACAAAAUAUUCGAGGAUGAGUUCGUGGAGAGUCAUCUACUCAAGAUGAACGAAAUCAAGUUCCGAGAAUUUUGGUUUGAUACUCUUUCUUCGAGAUUUCAAAUGAUGGAUCUUAAUGGAGAUGGACUCAUUUCUACAGAUGAACAUGCUGCUAUGUUCUACAGCUACAAGAUCCCCACUGAGCAUUCGAAGAAAGUGUUUGACAUGCUUGAUAUUGACAAUGAUGGCUUCAUCUCCGUGGAAGAGUUUGCCCACGCAUCCUCUGAAUUCUGGUUCACCGAAAAUCCUGACAACAAAUUUAAUGAAUUCUUCGGUCCACUCGUUGACAUUUAAAUUGAAACCAGAUUUAAAGGGGGUAAGGGGGGUCCCCCCCUUCCAACGGUUUCUGUAAAUUUUAUCACACCAAUA